CUAUAUGGUAAAUUAUUGCACACGUCACUUAUUAUCCCGUGAGGCCGCAUGCAUCUUACGUCCUUAGAGGCUAUGCUACGCCUUGCCUUCGACAAGCCCUUUCUCCCACGGAGACUGGUCAAAACCCUGGAAGCGGACCUCACCUGGUGGAAAACGCUUCUCCAGAGCCCAUUUGUCAGAAGGACAAUACCUAGGCCCUUGUCGCUCCAUGACCCAGCAGCGUACUCAGAUGCCAGCUCGGGCGUUGGAAUUGCUAUCGUCAUUGGGAACAGAUGAUAUCGGAUGGGCCAAAGCUGUCGGAUUCGAACUGCUUACUCAACACAUUAUCGGCUUGGGAGGAUCGCAAAGACAUUUUAGGGUCUACGGCGACAACCAAGGUGUUAUCGAAGGCUGGCGUAAUGGAAGGAGUAGAAACGCUUCGGUCAACGCUGUCUUCAAGCAAAUCUUUGAUCAUAUCUACGAUUCCCCCACACCUUACUCAAUUUACCCAACCUACGUCGAAAGUAAGAAAAACCCAGCGGACACACCAUCUAGAGGAAUCUACGGAAGUUCGGAGUUCUUGCUGCCUUCCCUCCCAAUCGCCACUGAACUCCAUUGUUUCAUCGUCGACCCCUUCAUCGUAUCCACAGACCCAGCAGACUACAGCACGGAUGACUUCUCGUCCCUCUCCUGCAACCUCUCUUCUCAUAAUCAUUCCGAUGCAGAAUGAAGCAACAAACCUCAAUUCGACGGAGACUCAAUCUAUUUCAUACACCAACACCAACGGGUCAAUAAUUAACAAUCCGAAGUUCAGAGUGCCAAUUCCCGCAGCACAUACCGCAACUCCUUUACCUUACAAGAAUGGACUCACACUGAUUCCAUCUUUACUCCAUCCCCAUUGUUUAGCUCGAGAGAGACUAAAGUUAUGGUUUCCGUUGGAGUCGCGGGCAGCAUCGGGCACAGACGGGAGAAUCUUGGCCAUCUUGGAAGAAGAUCUAGAAAGAGUGUUAACGGUCAUGAACCUGUCAUGGGCAGUAGGAACGCAGGAGUGUUAUGGCACAGGGCUGCUGGUAUUCCACGUUUUUUGUGACGAAAGGAAAGUCCCAGAAAGCCAGAGAUGCCCAGUGGAUACAAGAACACUUUUGAACUUCGUUUCGAGCUGCGCAGGUUCGUAUUCUGGAAAAACACUAAUGAACUACGUCUACACGAUAAGGGCAUGGCAUACGCUCCAUGGUCAACCCUGGCUAGUUCAACAAGACGAACUAAAGGCAGCUCUAGAAGGUGCAGUGGAACUUGCGCCGGCUACAUCCAAGCGAAGCAAACACGAACCGUUCACAGUCAAACUCAUCCUAAUCAUCCGAUCUCACCUCAACUUAACAACUCCCCUGGACGCAGCUGUAUUUGCAUGCUUAACGAGUGCAUUUUAUGCUCUGUGCAGGCUAGGAGAACUCACCGUUAAGACUAUCAAAAUGUUUGAUCCGAAGAACAACGUCAAACGUUCAGACAUAGAAUUUGAUGUUGAAGACCGGCACGGUUUUCGGGCCACAAGAAUUUUCUUACCAUGCACGAAAGUGUCUGCAGUUGGUGAAGGUGUUUACUGGGCGCGUCAAGAGAACUUAGCGGAUCCAAUGGCAGCUCUCUGGAAUCAUUUUGAAGUGAACAACCUGCGACUCAAAGAUCAUUUAUUCGCGUGGAAACACAAUAAAGGAUCGAGGCUGCUCACUAGAAGCGAAUUCUGGAAGAGAAUCGGAGGCAUAGUGAAAAGAGCGAGACUAGGAGAUCUCAAAGGCCACAGAUUGAGAAUCGGAGGGACGUUAGAAUAUCUGCUUCGCGGGAUUCCAUUCGAUGUUGUAAAAACCAUGGGGAGGUGGUCUAGUGAGGCCUUCACAGGCUACCUGCGGAAGCACGCGUUGAUAUUAGCUCCAUAUCUCCAAGAAUCUCCGGCACUGGAACCUUUCACCAGAUACACCAUGCCUCCGGCGCACUAA